GGAAGACCAAGCCGGGUAGGCACUGGCUCCGUCGCCUCCAACGCCCCGGGCCGACAAGGGAAGGUGGGAUGCUCUGAUGGCCGGGCCUGCGGCGCUGAGCGCGGCGGCGGCUGCUCUGGUGGCCGCCCUGCUUCUGCUGCGUCGUGAGGACCCGGGGCCGGGGGCUGGCCCCAGCAUGGCCGAAACAGAAGCACUGUCGAAGCUUCGAGAAGACUUCAGGAUGCAGAAUAAAUCCGUCUUUAUUUUGGGCGCCAGCGGAGAAACCGGCAGAGCGCUCUUAAAGGAAAUCCUGGAGCAGGGCCUAUUUUCCAAAGUCACGCUCAUUGGCCGGAGGAAGCUCACCUUCAACGAGGAAGCAUAUAAAAAUGUGAACCAAGAAGUGGUGGACUUUGAAAAGCUGGAGGACUACGCUUCUGCCUUUCAAGGUCAUGAUGUUGGAUUCUGUUGCCUGGGUACCACCAGAGCGAAAGCCGGCGCGGAGGGAUUUGUUCGUGUUGACCGAGAUUAUGUGCUGAAGUCUGCAGAGCUGGCAAAAGCUGGAGGGUGCAAACAUUUCAACUUGGUAUCCUCUAAAGGAGCUGAUAAAUCAAGCAAUUUUUUAUAUCUACAAGUUAAGGGAGAAGUGGAAGCCAAGGUUGAAGAAUUAAAAUUUGAUCGUUACUCUGUAUUUAGGCCUGGAGUUCUGUUAUGUGAUAGGCAAGAGUCUCGCCCAGGUGAAUGGUUGGUUAGAAAGUUCUUUGGCUCCUUACCAGAAUCUUGGGCUAGUGGGCAAUCUGUGCCCUUGGUGACUGUGGUUAGAGCAAUGCUGAACAAUGUGGUGAGACCAAGCGACAAGCAGAUGGAACUGCUGGAGAACAAGGCCAUCCAUGACCUGGGGAAAGCACAUGGCUCUCUCAAGCCAUGACCACACAGGAGAAAUGGUUGUUGUCAGUCUUAACACCCAUCACCAAAUCAGUAAUUUCAGGGUCUAAAAAAAGUCCGCAUAUUUUAGCUUUAUUGUUUUAUUAUCCUCAGGCAUCCAUUCCAAUCAAGAAAUGAUGGUGCUCUGAAUCAGUGGUUCAGAGCCUGGUUAUACAUAUAGAUCCUCAGCGAGCUUUGGAAAAAUAAAGAUGUUAGCCGUAUCUCAAACUUGAAUCAAAAUUUCUGGGGUGUGGGCAGAAUAAUCUGUAAUUUUCUUUGUUUAUACUUCCCCUGAUGCCACUGGUUGGGGGUCCUGCUUUGAAAUGCUUGUCUGCAGAGUCACAGCAGCCGGGAAAACCUUGUGACCAUGCAAAUGAGCUCUGCUCUAAAAUUGUUGACAUUCACAUCUCUGACUUACAAAAGUGCUAAUUCCCUAUGUGUAAUUGUGUAAGUAAACAUUGUGCCUUUACUACUUCUUUAUGUAAUAGAAAUUAUAUACCUAAGCUUAUAUAAUACAUGGGGAGGAUUAAAUAAAGGAAUAAAGAUAAAUUGACAACUCC